GUGCACUAGAUAUUAAAUAAGUACGCAUUUGAGAUUUAACUUCUGAUUUCAAUACAAAUCGUACAAUAUCGGUACAGUUAGAGGGGGUUUGUGGUGGAAGACAAACUAAACUAAACAUUAGGCUGUGCCUGUAAUAAGGCUGUGGAUGAUACACGUAUUAAUGUAUGAGUUUGUUGUUGAUUAACUUCACCUGACUGAGUUUUUUCCUGCUUGAGACACGGAUAUGAUGGCAGUGUCUGAUACUCAGCUGAUGUUGAGCAUCGGAUUGAUCGAGAAGGACGUGAACGCAGACACACUGUGGGUCUGGUGCUUCCCUGCAGUCAGCACCGAGCUGCGUGAGGUCUUAAUGCGGAAGAGUUGUUUGUGCCGCGACUCUCCGGAGCUUCACGCCUUCGUGUUCGGUCAGUACAACAGGAAUUGGUACUAUCUCACCACCACCGAGGUCCAGGAGCCCACCGCCCUCAGCAAGGUUACACAUUUCUCUAUAGUAAUUACAGCAAAGGAUUUCAACCCCGAAAAGUAUGCUGCAUUCAGCCGAGUUCUGUGUAGGAUGUACAUGAAGCACGGCAGUCCAGUGAAGAUGAUGGAAGGCUACAUUGCUGUCCUAACAAAGGGCAUCUGUCAAAGUGAUGAGAACGGAUCCUUCCUCAUCAAAGACUAUGAUGUCAGAAAAGCUUAUUUGGCUGGAUCCGUUAAAGAUGUGGUGUCUCAGUUUGGAAUGGAGACCAUCAUCCUGUACACGGCACUGAUGCUGAAGAAAAGGAUUGUGAUCUACCAUCCUCGUGUUGAGGCUCUGCUAGAGUUUACAAGAGCACUUCCAGCCCUGACAUGGCAUAGGAAAGACUGGUCUAUUCUCCACCCUUAUGUCCAUCUGGAGGACAGAGAGUUGGACAACCUCCGAUUAUGCACAGGGUAUGUUGCAGGCUUUGUGAAUCCUGAGGUUAUCAACAGAUCAGAUCUCUUUGACGUUUUCGUGAAUCUUCCAGACAGCGAGAUCACCAUAGCUCAACAUGCAAAAGAGGCCAUGGCGAUGGGAAAACUACACAAGGAGAUCGGUCACUUGAUCGUUCAGUCGGCGGAGGACACUGAUCACACUGAUGCUCAAGUAAUCAAGGAUAUCUCUGUAAAGACUAAGGAAAUCCUUAGUAACUUGAUGUCCCUUGCUGAGGAAGGGGACAACGCAAAGCUGACGCUGGACACACUGAAGCGGAGGCAGUUUCCUCCGGCAACCGAAAACUUCCUCUUCCACUUAGCUGCAGCUGAGCAGCUUCUGAAAAUCUAAAUUAUCCAAGUCCCCUAUGAACCAACAAGACCUAGAAGAGCCUAACGAAAGAAAUCACCGUGUGAUCAAAUGAUAUAUUAACGUGUGUAAAUAAGUAAAACAGAAAGAUUUUGAUAGAGAUUUUAUGAUGUUCUAGACAUGUUCUUUGACAAGACUAUUAUUAUAUAUAUUACUGUUUAGCCACUCAUUUAUUUCCAGGAAAGUUCUUCUUAGGGAAGCACUUAAUAUUAACUUGAUAAAUAUACAGGUAUGGAUGAAUACUUUGACAUUUGUACACAUUUUUACGUGUUAAACUUGAAUUAGUUUUGAAAAUUUAGAUUUCAAUAUUUUUAUGCCAAAAUAAAUAUAAUAAUGUUUAAUGUGUACAAGUACAAAACACAAUUUUGCUGCCACUGAAAUUUGUUUGGUUGUAAUUCAGUUGCAAACAAGUGUUAAAAUGUAUGUCUGUGUGUUUUUAAAAGAAAUGAUACCAGAAAUCAGUUAGCACGAGUUUCUAAAGCAGGGUUCAUUUGUGUUUUUUUUCUUGCCCUACAUCAGUUCCACAGUCAUUACUCAUAAGUGUUUUUGUGCCAAAAUAUCAUAUGAACUUUCCAUACAUGUUCACAUGCAGUGUUUUCUCAAAUGGUGCUGUCUGUCGACUAUAAAGGUAUAUGCCUGAUUUCUAAUGCCAUAAAAGGCCCAGUGUAAAGUUCUCCGUUAAAUUCAUACUGAAAUAAUUCAAUGACACAUCACUUUGUAAUAGAACCCCAUUAAAGCAUAAAAUGAUAUUAAAUCAAAA